AUGCUCUCCUCUUUGCCACUCCGAAAUCCAUGUCAAGUUGUCGUUGAAGAAGGUGCUUCUGGAGGGAGUGGUGGCGUUAUUUUCAUAGAACUACUAUCGAGUAACUCUUUGGCACCACUGCCACUGCCAGCUGAUGAGGAGCGAUUCAGUGACGAUGAAUGUUUACGGGAUGAGGAUGGCAAAGGGACUGGACUGGGACCAGCCGGUAACGAACGACGAUCCACAGAAACUGGACUCGUCUUCUGA